UAUCGCGCGAGAGAGAAAGGAGUCUCACUUUUCGCAGAGUCGCGCGGACGGCCAGUAGGCGCGGUGGGGACCGGCACUCGGUAUAAAAGCGCCGGUCCGCGUCACGUCCAGCAUCAUUCACUUGAUAGCAACACAUCUCAUCAAACAUGAAGUUCCUGGUUGUUCUCGCCGCCGUGUGCGCCAUCGCUAGGGCUGGAGGUCUCGGCCUGGCCGCUUCCCCCGCUCUCGCCUACGGAGCCGGAUACGGAAUCAGCGGCUACGGAGCCGGCUACGGCUACGCCUCCCCCGCCGUGAGCUACGCCGCUCCCGCUGUGAGCUACGCUGCCCCCUCCGUCAGCUACGCUGCUCCCGCCGUCAGGUACGCCGCCCCCGCUGUGAGCUACGCCGCUCCCGCCGUCAGCUACGCCGCCCCCGCUGUGAGCUACGCCGCCCCCGCCGUGAGGUACGCCGCCCCCGCCUACGGAUACUCCUCGUACGCCGCCCCCGCCAUCGCCCACGCCGCUCCCGUCGCCACCAGCUACGCUAACGUGCGCUCCGUCCACACCCCCGCCGUCGUCGCCCACGCCGCCCCCGUCGCCGUCGCCGCCCCCGUUGCCGUCGCCCACGCCGCCCCCGUCGCCGUCGCUGCCCCCGCUGUCGCUUACAGCGGUCUGAACAACCUGGGAUACGGAUACUCUGGUCUCCGCGCCGGAUACGGAGCCGGAUACGGUCUUGCCCGCGCCGCCUACCCCACCACCUACGCCGCUGGAUACGGUCUGGCCGCCCGCGCCGCCUACCCUGCCACCUACUCCACCGGCUACGGCCUUAACACCCUGGCUGCCCGCACUGCCUACCCCGCUGCCGCCACCUACGGCUCCGGAUACGGUCUGGGCUACGCCGCUGGAUACUCCACCUACGGAAUCCACUAAAAAGACUCUUUCCCCCUGUGAUAGUUCAAACAGUUACCUCCAUCCCAGAUGCAGUUUUGUAAUUUAUAUUCAUAAAACAUAAAUCACAACGAAUAAAAUAAAAAUACAAAUCAGAAAAAAUUUAA